AUGCCCGGCCAUGAUCGGCCCAAGUGGGGCUUCAGUGGACCUUCUGGCAUCGCGCGGUCCGAGAUGCCAGAAGGGCUUAGGGCGAUCUCAGCCUCGUGGGGGCUGGCUGGAAAUGACUUCUCUUUCUCUCAAUCCCUGUCGAUGACCAUGAACAAGCCCUGUCGCACCUGUCGCUCGCGAAAGAAAGCAUGCGAUGGGGCCCGACCGGCAUGUAGAAGGUGCUGCGACUCCGGCCGGCGAUGCGCAGGAUAUGACUCGAGUGCCGGUGUUUUUGUCAACCUCGAUGCCAACAGCAUCAAAAAACCGGUGAAGGGCCUCAUCAAAGACGCCAUAGACGUGGCCAAGGGGCCGCACACACAUCAUCCUGCUAACUCCGUCCUCGAUGGCACUGUGCCUAUAUUUUCUGUCUACACGCUGGACCUCUCGACCGGGGAAUUCCAAGAUCAUUUCUCAACGCUAUGGGCUCAUUUCCACGAUCGAUAUGCACGGACAUCCGAUGUUUGGAGUGCCGGUGUUUCGAGCCUACGUCUUCACAAUAAAGCCCUGGACCUGGCCAUGGUGGCUCUAGCAACCAUGCGGCUUUCGCUAUGCGGCCAAGGGGAGAUAUACCAGGUUUUUAGUCUCUCCGCAUAUAAUACCAGUCUACAGAUUUUCCGUCGGCUUUUGCAAUGCGACAGCCGAGCACCGCGAGCACCCCUAGUGGUGAUAUCACUCAUUUUUACCCUCUUCGAGGCUGUCCAGCAGCGGCCUACCCAGAUCUAUUGCUCUGGAUGGGCGGGCCAUCUUAAGGGGGCUCUCACACUCAUUCAGCACCAGGGGCCUAGUUCGUUCCAGGUUGGAGGUUUUCACGCGGCAUUCAAAAAGAUUCGCGAGAUGUCGCGUCAGGUCCUGUUUUCUUUUUCCCGUCAAGAAAAGUCCUUUUUUAUUCAACCACAGUGGAUGACCAUUCCCUGGAAAAAGAUUAAAAAAACCUCGCGUGACUAUCUAUUCGAUAUUGCAGUGAGGAUGACUGAAGUGUGCCCCGCAUUGCAUCUGAAUCCCGGGGACAAGUCAUUAUCCAAUUUCCCGGAUAUCCCGCAAACGCUCUGGCGCUGCCAACGGCUAUAUUGGGAGCUUAUGCAAUGGCGCAAACACUGGCUCGAAGAGGAAUAUAACGACUUCCCCAUUCCGUGCCGCGGGUGUGGCGAAGAAUUAUGCCAGUGCCUUCCACAUACCUCUCUUUCCCCCUGCAAUGAGUUUGCAUACAAGUCCGCCGAAUGGCUGGCCUUGCUCCUUCUACUAUCGAUCACAACCAGCCACCUUGUUGGGUGUGGUGCUACAGACUAUCCGUCCCCAACGAUCUCCGCAAGCCACUCCCCCAGAAUGUAUACGCUUGAAAGGCGCUGUCGGUGGUUGCGAAGCGAUCUACAAAAUAUGUUAAGCCUGCCGUGCUUUGGCAAAGCUGCCUCAGACCUCCCGGGUAUCACUGAGGGCCGUUGCCGCUCAUUGCUCCCGAAUUGGGUGCUGUCGCAGGGAUUGAUGCUCUCGGAUGAUCAUGAGCAGAAAUGGUGGUCUACUUUGGAUAGUCGACUAAACCAUGGUAUCUUGCAGCAACGUGUAUUGAUCUCAUUCAUGGUGGUUCUCGUUUGA